AUGUUUAUUAUUCUCCUGAAGAUUGCAGAAAAGCAUAAUUUCCUAAUAUUUGAAGAUCGUAAGUUUGCAGACAUUGGUAAUACUGUGACUAUGCGGUAUGAAGGAGGUGUAUUCCGUAUGCUGGAAUGGGCUGAUAUAAUUAAUGUUCACAUAAUUUCUGGACCCAGAAUCGGUUUGCCUCGUGGUAGGGGCUUGUUGCUGCUUGCUGAAAUGAAUUCAGCUGGUAACUUGGCAACAGGAGAGUACCCAGCCGCAGCUGUGAAAAUUGCUGAGGAUCACUAUGACUUUGUCAUCGGCUUCAUCUCAGUUAAUCCAGCAUCAUGGUCAGGGGUACCGGUCAAUCCAGCAUUUAUUCAUGCAACCCCUGUAGUUCAAAUGGUAAAGGGUGGUGAUAAUCUCGGCCAGCAGUACGAUACUCCACAUUCUGUAAAUUCUGCUGUCCUCAUUAGCUCUCCUGCAUUGGUUAUAUACUAUAGGGGCAGCGACAUUAUCAUUGUGGGUGGUGGAAUUAUAAAGGCAGCCGAUCCUGCAGAGGCAGCUUCUGAAUACAGACCUCAAGAAUGGGAUGCAUACUUGGCUAAGUGCUCCUAA